AAGAAAUUAAUUUUUUUAAUAUGAGUCAAGCACCAUAAGCAGGAUAAUAAUAAGCGCAGAAGGCUAGUACAUUCAAUAAAUCUGAAAAAACAAAGGAUAUUCGAUUGACCAAUAUUCAAGCAGCAAAAGGUAACUUAAAUAAAGAGUUUUGAUUAGCUGUGGCAGAUGCUAUUAGAACAAGUUUGGGUCCAAGAGGAAUGGAUAAGAUGAUUUAAGAUGCUAAGGGUUAAGUCUUAAUAACUAAUGAUGGUGCUACAAUCUUAAAGCAAAUGGAUUUAGUUCAUCCAACAGCUAAAAUGGUAUGAAUAUAUUAUUAAUAUUCAAAGUUGGUCGAAAUUUCAAAUGCCUAAGAUGUUGAAGCAGGUGAUGGUACAACUUCUGUGGUUGUUUUUGCAGGUGCUUUGUUGAAAUCAUGCGAGGUACUAUUAGAGAAGGGAAUUCAUCCAACAACAAUUUCGGAGGGAUUUUAAUUUGCUUUGGAGUAUGCAUUGACUGCAUUGGAUGAAUUAAAAAAACCAGUUGAUUUAGAGAACAAAUAAUAAUUAAUUGAGUGUGUAUAGACAGCACUUUCAUCAAAAGUUGUAUCUUCUAAUAGUGCCUAAUUGGCUCCAUUAGCAGUAGAUGCUGUAUUAAGAAUUGUUGACCCUGAGAAACCUAAUAAUGUUGAUUUAAAGGAUAUUAAGAUAGUCAAGAAAUUAGGAGGAACAAUUGAUGACACAGAGUUAGUUGAAGGGAUUGUCUUUUCAAAUUAAAAGGCUAGUUAAGCUGCUGGAGGACCAUAAUAAAUAAAGAAUGCUAAAGUUGCUCUUUUAUAAUUCUGUUUAUCUGCGCCUAAGACUGAUGUUGAAAAUUCAAUCGCUAUAAAAGAUUAUACUGAAAUGGAUAAAAUAUUGAAAGAGGAAAGAAAAUACAUUAUAGAUUUAGUCAAGAAGAUUGUUGCUUCUGGUGCUAAUGUUUUAUUAAUUUAAAAAAGUAUUUUAAGAGAUGCUGUUAAUGAUUUAUCUUUACACUUUUUGGCUAAGAAAGGUAUAAUGGUUGUUAAAGAUAUUGAGAGAGAGGAUGUUGAAUUUAUUUCUAAAGUAUAUAUAUUAUUUAUUAAAAUAGACUUUAUGUUUGGUACCUGUUGCUCAUAUUGAUUAAUUAACACCUGAAAAAUUGGGUACAGCUGGAUUAGUAGAGACUGUUCAUUUAAAUGAUGAAAGCAAAGUUUUAAGAAUUACUGAAGUUCCAGCCUCAUCAAAAGCUUUAACUAUAUUGGUUAGAGGAUCAAAUUAACUGGUCUUAGAUGAAGCUGAUAGAAGCAUUCAUGAUGCUUUAUGUGUUGUUAGAAGUUUAGUAAAGAGUAAAGGAUUGAUUCCAGGAGGAGGAGCUCCAGAAAUUCAUUUAUCGUUAAGAUUAACAUAAAUGGCUAAUACAUUAACAGGAGCUAAAUCUAUGUGUGUAAGAGCUUUUGCUGAUGCUUUAGAAGUCAUUCCAUAUACUCUUGCUGAAAAUGCAGGUAUAUUUAUGUUCUCAUAUUUUUUAGGUUUGAAUCCAAUUAAUGUUGUAACAGAAUUAAGGAAUAGACAUCUCAAAUCAUAAAAGUUUGCAGGAAUUGGAAUGAAAAAAGUAAUUCUAUUUAUUAUCUUAGAAUAAUAUUGUUGAUGAUAUUACAACAGAAUAAGUUGUUUAACCUAUUUUAGUCACCAGAAGUGCUUUAAGUUUAGCUACAGAAUGUGUUAGAAUGAUUUUAAAAAUUGACGAUUUGGUGAUCUCAGCACGUUGAUCAAUAAUAUGUUAAGUAUAUAAUAAAUAA